AGACUUCGGCUCAAGGAUCCCAGCUGGGACAGGAGUCGCCAUGGAGCCUUCUACAACGGUGGGAUGCCUCUGGUUCAUCGUCAUUGCCUUCAUGUUCUUCGCGCAGCACCACGUCUGUGAUUGUUACUUCGUCCCGGCCAUCAACGUCUUCGUGGGCAAGAUGAAGGCGUCGAGCAAUACCUGGCUGCAGCGCUGGGGCAACGAGGCCGUGGCUGGGGCCACGAUCUGCGCGCUGGGGUGCAAUGGCCCAGAGAUGUUCACCAACCUGAUCUCCUUGUACACGGGCUCGGACGCGGGCAUCGGCGUGGUGGUGGGCUCCGAGAUCUUUAACCUGCUGAUCAUCGUGGGCCUCACG